UUCUAACAACACUCUGGCCUAGUGAAUUCCAGUUUGGUGUGUGGUGUUAUGCUCCUCUAUAGAUGUUAAUUUGAAGAAGAUUAUAAUGGAGGAUCCAAUUGUCAUGCCACCGCCUGAGCCCAUGCAAGACAUGGAUGAAAACCUAGAGACGGCUCCUAUGGAGUUAUCCAAUGACAAUGAGGAAAAAGAAGGUGUAAUUAAAGUGUCAAACAUUUCACCGCAAGCCAAUCUUGAGCAGAUGAAGAAACUGUUUGGCUUUCUAGGAAAUGUUCAGGAGUUGGUUCUUUACCCAAAAGGGGAAGAAAUAGAAGUGAGUUCAAAGAUAUGUUAUGUCAAGUAUGAAGACAAAGCAAGUUGUGAUGUUGCUCAGCAUCUGACCAAUGCUGUUUUCAUUGACAGACCUCUGGUUGUUGUACCACUGACAGAAGCAAAGAUUCCAGAUGAAGGAACUGCCCUUAACAAUGAGACACAAGGAAAUGGGUUCUUUGAUAAUGGGUUACUGGAUCCUUUUUCAUCUGAUCCUUUUCAGCAGGUCAUGAUAGGGUUGGGUCCUGGGACCAACUUGCCCCCACCACCUGUUCUUGGAAACCUUGAUCCUGUCAAGUUAGAAGAGAUAAGAAGGACAAUUUUUGUUGGGAAUUUAGAAGAAUCUGUCUCCCCAGAAAUGCUUGUGGCAUUCUUCUCUGGUGUUGGUGAAAUAAAAUAUGUUAGACAGUCUGUUCAUGAAACAACUCAAGAAAGAUAUGCUCUGAUUGAAUUCACCGAUUUGACUGCAGUGCUAACAGCUCUUCAGUAUAAUGGAGUCAUUUUGUGUGGCCAGCCUCUGAAAGUGAACUACUCCAGAUGUUCAAUUGCAAAACCUGACUUAGAAAAGCUGGAAGCAGAGAGGAAACUGGCUGAUAGAAACUCAAGAUAUACGUCAAGAAGAAGAUCCAGCUCAUUGCAAAGAUCAAAGUCGCGUACAAGAAGCCGCUCUAGAGACAGAAAACGGCGAAGCAGAUCAGGAUCUAGGAGAUACUCAUCACGUUCGCGGAGGUCAAGGUCGAGGUCAUCUCGUCGCCGAAGGUCAAGGACAAGGUCACCACGCCGAAGAAGGUCACGCUCAAGGUCAUACUCCAAGUCAUCAAGGCGAAGAUCUAGAUCAAGGUCCGGUUCACGCAGAGUAAGGAGGUCUAGGUCCAGGGACCGCCGUCGUAAAAAGUCAGCGUCUAAAUCACGUUCCAGGUCACGUUCCGGUGGAAGAGAUAAAGCCACACGCCGUGGCUCAACAAGCCGUCGUCGUUCGAAAAGCAGAUCUAAAUCACGAGACAAGAAGAGAUCGAAGUCAAAAUCUGCAUCACCGGGAAAAGGCAAAGACAAAGAGAAGGCAAAAGAGAAGGAAAAGGAGAAAGAGGGUGAUGGGAAGGUAAUAGAGGAAGUUAAAGAAGAAGUUGCUGCGGAGGAAAAAGCACCGAAAGAAGAAGAGAAGGAAGCAGAAGAUAAGGGUCGAUCAAGGUCCCCCUCGCCAAGUAAAUCAAGCUCAAGAAGACGCAGCAAGAAAGACCGUUAUAGCAGAUCACGAAGUCGGUCCGAAAGCCAAAGUCGUGAUCGUAAAACACGCGAGAAAUCUCGUGAUAGAGACCGGGAUCGUGACAGAGGCCGAGACAAAGAUAGAGGUAAGGAUCGUGGUCGUGAUAAAGAUCGUGACCGCGAGAGAGAUCGAGAACGUGACCGUGAAAAAGAUCGAGAACGUGAAAGAGAUCGUGAACGGGAAAAAGAUCGUGAACGGGAAAAGGAACGUGAACGGGAAAAAGAACGUGAACGGGAAAAAGAACGUGAGCGGGAAAAAGAACGUGAACGGGAAAAAGAACGUGAACGGGAAAAAGAACGUGAACGGGAAAAAGAGCGUGACAGAGACCGUGAUCGUGACAGGGACCGGGACCGUGAUCGCGAUCGAGAACGUGAAAAAGAUCGGGAUCGUGCAAAAGAUCGUGACCGCCAUCGGGAAAAGGAUCGUGAUCAAGAUAGGAAACCAGACAAAGAAGAAGAAGUUGUAAAGAUCACAGAUGACGUCAUUGGUGAAGAAAGUGACAUGAGUCUGGAUGAAGAAUACACUACGUCGACGAAGAAGAAAGCUAAACGAUACAGCUACGACUCUGAUGAAGAGCGCCAUCGCAAGUCAAAAAAGAAGUCGUCGCGGUCUUCACGAAGAAGUGACUCAGAAUAGACUUACUUUAAAACAACUUUUUUCACUGUAGAAACUACUUAUUCCUGCUAUUACUUUACUCCAGAAAGUCAUUGAAAGGUUUUUAAAGUGCAA